AUGAGAGAGAGGGAGAGAGAGAGAGAGAGAGAGAGAGAGAUGGCAAUAAUAAACAGUUUUCAGACUCUUAGCUUAGGUCUUAUCUUUGUCAAAAUCUGCUUUAAAUCAGGAUUCACCCCUAUCGAUCCCUUUCUGGGUUUGAUUUUGACGUCUAAAUUUGUUAAAAAAGUCAUCUUGGGCUGCACCUUAAGAGUCCCAGUUCCUGAAUCUUGACGGAAGGUACAUCUUCUCCUUGAAGGGAAGUAACAGAGUAACGCGUAAAGGUGAUCCUCAUGUUUUCUACUGGCAUGGGCCGCCUUGUCGGUGCACAUUUUUUUUCCAACUAUAAGCACCAUUCAGGCACACUCACAAAGUGGACCCCUUGUGUGACCGGCCCCACCGGAAUUUACCUCGUUUCUCCAUGGAGCCCACCGAAAAAAUGUCGGGAGAUCCGAACAGAAAUUAGGCUACCUCUCAGGAGCCUUUUCGUCAAAAUAGUAGACAUUUAUGGAAAUUGGUCGACGGUUAAAUGGAUUGGGUUUGCCCUUUGGUCGUCAUAAACUGAGCUCCACGCAUUCUUGAUUACUCAUUUUGUCCCAUUUGGUGCUCAAUGGUCGUCGUUCAUUGAAAUCUCCGAGAGAGAGGCCUUUCUACUAGAUGAAGACAUUUCAGUGCCGGCCUUCCACCGGUCAUAUCGAAUAUGAGCGAGAGACGAGAGAGAGAGAAAGAGAGAGAUCAAAUCGUACACGCAACUACCUAGAUGAAUCAUAGAGGAUGGGAAAGCAAAACUGUGAGUUUGAGGUACCCAAUCGGCGGGCUGUUGUGAGUUGACCGGCCGUUGUCAAUCACAAACAGGGAGAACAGCAUCCGUUCGGACAGCAAAAGUCAUUCAACUCCGAGCCGUGUUUCCCUUGACAAAUCGUUAUAUAUAUUGACCAAAUCAUUGAGAAAUUUAUCUUUAGAUUUGAAUGAACUGGAGUACAGCCGGCACACAUGAAUUAGUACACUAGAAUUACUAGAUUAUGAUCAGAUUGUAUCGGAUCACGAUCCAUAUCAGAUGUUUUCACGAACCUUGGAACGGAGACAGAAUUAGCGUGGGAGAUCGCAAACACUUAAAAUUGUUAAAAUAGUAAUAAGAUUGAAGGUUAGGUAAUUGAAACAAGAUUGACAUUAUCUCCCACGCAGGUAGAUAAACUUUCGAUUUCCCGGCGGCAAUCUAUUAAAAAAUUAUUUUACAAAAUCCCGUGUGUAGUACUUUAAUGGCUGAGUAGUUGAAGGCGAAUAAAUGUUCAUACAGGCCUAAAAUGGAUACAAUCGUACUGUUCGCAAGAAUCGUAAGCGCGCGGUCCAACGGCAAGACGAUGCACAGUGAAUGUACGAUCAAGAAGAUCACAUGAAGUUCCAACUGUUUAUGUAAAGAAAAAUGGAAGGCAUCGACGCCAAGCUCGCUUUACGGCGAUGCAGGUUCGGUGAAGGGUGCACCCGUUCAUCCUUCCUUUCUACUCUCUCUCUCUCUCUCUCCUUCACUCACACACACACACACACACUGAUAGUGCAAUAUUCGAUUCCAUUCUCCACGGCGGCGGACGUGAAUCCGUUUAUCCGUCGACACACACACUGAAGCCUGGUGGCUGAUCUCUCUCUCUCUCUCUCUCAAAGACUGCUAUCGUCCUCACCCAGCACGUGUGAAGGAUGGACCGGUUUUGACUUUUCCUUGACUCUACACUUCGCUCUCUCAAUGAUGAUACAAUAAUCCACACCAGUAUGCUUUACGGCGGCGCACAUGUGAAUGGUGCAUCCUUCUAUAGCUACCAUCCUCGACACUCGUUGCUCUCUCUCUGAUCUCACAUCAGGAUCACGUCAGUUGAAACGCACGAUGAUCCGAAAACCGCAUUCGUAUAUCAGGUUGAAUAGCCAAGGUGAAAGGGUCUAUGACCAGACGAAGAGAAGCUACCAAGAGCACAAAGAGAUGGAUAAGAUGAGAAGGGAUAAUAGUCAGCUUUAGCUGAAGAAGAGGAGUUGGACGGAGUUUGGUUCAUAAAGCAAUCCUCGUCGUCCUCGAUGGUUAUCUGAAGAAGGUAGUAACCGGUUGAGAUCGUAGCGAAAGGGGCUAUUAAUUCAGCAACAAUAUCAAUUUUUUUACGACGAAGAGUGGCGAUCGCCUCCUGCAACAGUAUCUCCUCAAUUCUUUGAAGCCACCCUGGCUCUCAGCAGGAAGCCCUGACACCGUUUCUACAGAAACAGCAACCCUCGCGAUUCCUCUGUCAAAUCACAACUCAUUCAACGAGGUUGAAAGCCGUCGUAUCCCCACAUGGCGGGGUACAACUUGCAGUAAGAAACUGUCACAUAUCUAAGAAAAUGGAGAGAAAAAGGUUCUUCAUCGACGGCGACCAUGGCUCAAGUUGGUGGCGAGGAGAGAGACAAGGUGAAGGGCGCGGGGGGGCCGGGCGAGGUCUCAGAGAUGUCGCAGAGUAUCGUGAAGAGGAGGAGGAAGAGGCCCUCGCAGGCAGCUAGCUCCAGGACGAGGUACCUUGUUCUACUGUACGCCGCUCACGAACUCCCCCCCUGCGGUUUAAGUUCGCACCAUCCUUAAAUGGAGAAGCAGGCAGGGGGCAAGGGGGUUCCUUCAAGGAACAAGACGACGAGGGAGGGGGACAUAUGUGUUGUCAAAAGAGGCAACAUAGUAUAGUCCUACUUUACUGUGUGUACUAUGUAGUUGAAUAAAUAAUUUCACAGUUGCAGGAAGAAGUGCUCGGAGAUCAGGUUUUCACCGCAGCCAAGAACACAGAUCUCUUUUUCUUUUUUGUUGUGUUCCAUUUGUUGGGUUGCCUUUGAUACAUAGGCCGUCCGGUAGCAGACGCCGGGAGUCUGUUUCUGCCUCCUUGGAUUUUCUGCCUUUCAAGAAGUUCUCUCUCUCCCUCCCUCUCCAUUUCUGCCCCCCGCCCCUCCCCCCCCCCCCACAACACACACACACACACACAAUCUCUCUCUCUCUCUACCAAUCUUUCCAUCUAUUUCUCUCUCUCUCUCUCUCUCUCUCUCCCUCCCUUCCUCCCUACACCCAUUUCCCCCUCAACCCUUGGGAUGAGGAAAGAUGUCACGAGCGCUCGAUAAAAAUAGGUUUAGGGAGGUGAUGAAGAACGUAUCACUUUUCUUGCUUUCCCCUCACCUUUUGACGUACUCAAACGCUAGACAAUCCUCACUCGCCUGCUUUUUCUAGAAAACAUGAGGUCGUAUCACGGCUUUUGCCCAUCCUUGGAGGAUUACUCUCUCUCUCUCUCUCUCUCUCUCUCACACACACACACACACACACGCACACACACACACACCCACGCAGAUAUUGGCAGAUCAGCAGCGUGGUAGGUUUGAGUUUUGCAGUCGUCAUCCCCUCCGCCCCUCGGUUCAGCUCCUUUGGAAAGCUUUUGCUGCAACGUUGCGGUUUCUUCUAAGCCUAUCUGAGAUAAAAACAGGCGACUGGGAGAAGGCCUUCGCCGUGACACUCUGGGUCCUCGGAAAUCAGUUGGACAGAUCAUUGAAAAAUACUUUCGAAGAUCAGAGGAAGGACAAGAUUAA